UUUAAGUAUCUUUGUUUUCCUAUGGAUUCUCUCUCCAGCUGUUCACUUUUUCUGAAACUUAUAACGCGACUUCGUUUGUUGCACUUCACUCACACUCAAAACUCUUUUUCCCCAUAGACUCAAUUUCCAGAUUUUCAUACACACUCUCACAACUUUCACUCUCUCCGUCUUCUACUUCAUUACUCGCUCAUAAUUCACAACAAAACUAAAAGAGAAUACUACAAGUUUCUUAGAAGCUAGGUUUGUCAAUAUGAAGCCAACUUUGGGUCAGGCUCAAAGUAAUUGGGAAGCUGAUAAAAUGCUUGAUGUUUAUAUUCAUGAUUAUUUUCUGAAAAGAAAGUUACACGGCGCCGCGAAAACUUUUAUGACAGAAGGAAAAGUUUCCACUGAUCCAGUAGCAAUUGAUGCACCUGGAGGAUUUCUUUUUGAGUGGUGGUCUGUAUUUUGGGAUAUAUUCAUAUCGAGGACAAAUGAGAAACAUUCGGAGUCUGCCGCAGCUUACAUUGAGCAAACAAAGGCCAGAGAACAACUUCAAAUGCAGCACUUACAACUAAUGCAGCAGCGCAAUGCACAGUUACAGCGAAGAGAUUCUAAUCAUCCCACGCUGGGUGGUUCCUUAAACGCUAUGAACUCUGAAGGUAUGUUGGGGCAGCCACCAGCAAGUGUGUUGGCCAUGAAAAUGUAUGAAGAGCGAAUGAAACACCCUCAUUCAAUGGAUUCGGAUGCAUCUCCAACUCUUAUUGAUGCAAAUAGGAUGGCUCUUCUCAAAUCCGCAACAAGCCAUCAAGGUCAAUUAGUUCAUGGUAACUCGGGGAAUAUGCCCAAUGCACUGCAGCAAAUUCAGGCACGGUCUUCUUUAACCACUGACAUCAAAGGAGAAGUUAACAUUGGCGCCAGUCCAAAGAGUUUGCCUAUGGAUACAUCAGUUUAUCGACAAGCAAUUUUACAAUCAAAAUCUGGGUUAGGUGGUGCAGGAUUAAACCAAGGAGUUACAAGUCUUCCAUUGAAGGGAUGGCCUCUAACCGGAAUUGAUCAACUUAGACCUGGUUUGGGUGUACAAGUUCAGAAGCCUAAUUCAACAGCCCAAAACCAAUUUCUUUUGGCAUCACAACAACAACAGGUCUUGGCACAGGCUCAGGCACAAAACAACCUUGGAAAUUCUAAUUAUGGUGAUAUGGAUCCACGUAGACUUUCUGGUCUUCCCCGAGGUAGCUUAAAUGCAAAGGAUGGUCAGUCUAACAGGAAUGAUGGAUCUAUUUGCUCCCAAGGUUCACCUAAGAUGAAGAUGACCCAGUCACAACAUUCACUAUCUCAGCAGCAGGAGCAAUUGCAGCAGCAGCAAAUGCAGCAGAGUAACAGAAAACGAAAGCAACCUUCUUCUUCUGGAGCUGCCAAUAGCACUGGUACUGGAAACACAGCUGGUCCUACACCUAAUUCACCGCCAUCAACACACACACCUGGUGAUGGAUUAAAUACUGCAAGCAGCAUGCAGCAUGUUAACAGUGUGCAAAAGAGCAUGAUGAUGUAUGGUACAGAGGCAACAGGAGGCCUUGCAUCAUCUUCAAAUUUACUGGAUGACAUGGAACGAUUUGGAGAUGUUGGCGCUUUAGAUGAUAAUGUCGAAUCGUUUCUAUCAAAUGAUGGAGAUGGUGGCAAUCUCUAUGGAGCAAUCAAACAAAGUCCGGCUGAGCAACAAAAAGAGUCUUCAAAAGGUUUCACCUUUGCUGAAUUUAGUUUCAUUAGAACAAGGAACGCAGUUACUUGCUGUCACUUCUCUUCAGAUGGAAAGUUGCUUGCCAGUGCAGGGGACGACAAGCAGGUUAUUCUGUGGAACAUGGACACUUUAGUCAAAGAGUACACUCCUGAAGAACACAAAUUAGUUAUUUCAGAUGUUCGUUUUAGACCAAAUUCAUCUCAGUUGGCGACAGCCUCAUGUGACAAAUCUGUGCGGUUAUGGGACGCAGCCAAUCCAACUUAUUGUGUUCAAGAGUAUAGUGGGCACAGUUCAGCUAUUAUGUCCCUUGAUUUCCACCCUAAGAAGACUGAUAUUUUCUGCUUCUGCGAUAGUGAAAAUGAGAUUCGGUAUUGGAACAUUACUUCAUCCUCUUGUACCCGUGUAUCUAAGGGAGGAAGUUCAAAAGUGAGGUUUCAGCCUAGAAUGGGACAGUUACUCGCAGCAGCUUCUGAUAAAGUAGUUUCUAUUUUCGAUGUCGAAACUGACAGACAAAUUUACUCACUCCAGGGUCAUCCUGAACCGGUGAACUAUAUUUGCUGGGAUACUACUGGAGAUAUGUUGGCAUCUGUUAGUCCAAAUUCGGUGAAGAUCUGGAAUUUGACCUCCGGAGAAUGCGUUCAGGAGCUCAACUCAACUGGGAACCAGUUCUAUUCCAGUGUUUUUCAUCCAAGCUAUUCAACUUUGUUAGUAGUUGGAGGGUUUUCGUCCAUAGAGCUGUGGAACAUGGCUGAGAACAAAAGCAUGACAAUUCCUGCACACGAGAAUGUGAUUUCUGCUUUGGCUCAGUCACCUGUCACUGGAAUGGUUGCAUCUGCCAGUCGUGACAACUCUGUAAAGUUGUGGAAAUAAAUAUAUCAUUUUAUGUACUAAUAUCUCCUAUAUAUUCUUUUUUUUUUUAUUCAGCCUUUAUACCGAAAGAAUUCAGAGAUCUAGAUUGAAAGCAAAAAGGAUUCAGAGGUCUUUGAGUUUAGUAUGCAAUAAUAUAUAUACUACUAGCACAUAAAACAGUUUUUGUAUUAUUAUGUAUUAAAUCAUCAGUACUGCAGCUUAGUUAUUCCAUAAUCUGUAAUGCAAUUAUCAUUUUUAUGUAAAAUAUAUUUUAUUUGGAGUUAAGGAAAUUCAUAUCUUAUUAUUGGUAUA